UCAUGGCCCAAGUGGAAGUGUCCGCCCUGCCUGUGGAAACCGAGGAGUCCUCGGAGAGCAGGAUGGUGGUGACGUUCCUCGUGUCUGCUCUGGAGUCCAUGUGUAAAGAGUUGGCCAAGUCCAAAGCAGAAGUGGCCUGCAUUGCCAUGUAUGAGACAGACGUGUUUGUCGUUGGAACCGAGAAAGGACGUGCUUUUGUCAACACCAGGACGGAUUUACAGAAGGAUUUUGCAAAAUACUGUAGGCGUUAAGAGUUUUCCUUUGUAUGCAUAACUCUUAAAAUAUUUGCUGGGAAGACUUAUGUAAUGUUUUCUUUUAAGGUAUCCUAAGCAUUAUCCUAAAACUGGUUCUGAUACAUCUCUUUUGACUUGGCAUCCCAGUGAGUAGCUGCCCAACACUGAGGAGUCCAAGAAAUGGGGCCAAGUGUAUUUUGUCCUGUGUCCUCAGCAGCACCCUGGUUUUGUCAAAGAAAUGUGAGGAACAUAGAGUAAAUUAUCUUUGACUCCUUUUAUAAACCCACAUUUUAAAAAAAUUCUGGG